UAAUUACAUAUUGUUUCGUGAUUAAUCACUAUGCUUUAAUUAUGUUCAGUUUGUAACAAUGAAAUUGGGGGUCACCACAACAUGAGGAACUGUAUUAAAGGGUCAUGGCAUUAGGAAGGUUGAGGGCCACUGGGCUAUAGGAAGGUUUUAGAUACAUGCCAGGAAAGAGCAGAGAUCAAUGGAGGGUGCUCCUGAGAAAGGGUGACACCUCCCUUGGGAGAAGAUGAAAAAUGCUGAAGUUCUGACCCUUUGACCACCUGAGUCUUAAAGUAGUUUCACACUCCUCCUGCCUCCUGACACUCAGGGAUGGGGAUGGUCAGGACAUUAAUUCAGUGAAUGGACCACAACAGCUCCUGAAAAGUGGCAAGAGCCACUAUGGAAAAUUAUGUGGUCAGGGAGCCUUAAGUUGUCUCCUGGUAGUCAGAUGACUUUUCAAUUUAAGGAUGGACUCUGCUAAUGGGUCCAUAUGGCCUAUGACCUAGUAUUUCUCAGGUUCUGGAAUGAGCCCUUUUCUCUUUUCCUAUAUUGCAAAGUGAGGAUCAGGUUUAUUUAGACCUCUGCCUUACCCCUUACUGCUUUACUCAUCGCCUCAGUCAACAAAUACUAAGAACCUACCUUCUGCCCUCUAGAUGUUGUGCUGGAAUCCAUAACAUAGAAUUUUCUCCAGGGAUAGGCAUAAUCAAGAUGGAUUGAGGUACAACAGAGUAAUGAGCACUGCAAAAGGAAGAAUCAGGUCCACCAGGACCAAAGGAAAACAGGAAGGACUUCCAUUAAGUGGUCAGAGAAGGCUUCACAGAGGAGUCAUUGCUGAACUGACUUUUAGAAGAGGUGUAAAAGGUUGGCAGAUGAGAUGAGGUCAAGAGUUCCAGGCAAAGGACAUGGAGGAAAAAACAAAAAGGACCCAGCCGCCGCCUCCAUCUCAGACGGAGACUGUGAUGCCCGGGAGGGUGAGUCAGUAGCCAUGAAUUACAAACCAUCCCCGCUCCAAGUAAAGCUGGAGAAGCAACGGGAGCUGGCCCGGAAGGGCUCCCUGAAGAAUGGAAGUAUGGGUAGCCCUGUAAUCCAACAACCCAAGAAGAACACUGUCAUGGCCCGGACAAGGCUGGUCGUUCCCAAUAAAGGCUACUCCUCGCUUGACCAGAGCCCAGACGAGAAGCCACUGGUAGCCCUUGACACUGACAGCGAUGAUGACUUUGACAUGUCCAGAUACUCCUCUUCUGGCUACUCCUCUGCUGAGCAGAUCAACCAAGAUUUGAACAUCCAGCUGCUGAAGGAUGGCUACCGGUUAGAUGAGAUCCCCGACGACGAGGACCUGGACCUCAUUCCCCCCAAGUCCGUGAACCCCACUUGCAUGUGCUGCCAGGCCACGUCCUCCACUGCCUGCCACAUUCAGUAGUGGGUAGGGCUGCCGCAGCCAAUGGAGCCGGGCCACUGGGGGCCAGGUUAGACAGGGCAGGGGCAGACCCCUCCCCAGCUCUUCUGCCAGCCCCCCGGCCCCGCGUCCCCUACAGCCGCCAACCUCGUAAAAGUCAUUGCUUCCUCCUAUGGUAGGACGUGUACCUCUGUGUGUUCAUGGAGCCGGAGAAACCAAAACCGGGUCUCUCUCUACCCCAGAAACUGAGGAGGGGAAGGGGCUGUUUGUCCAGUUACUUGGGGGACUUUGCCCAGCACCUUUUUGCUCUCCCCAAAGCUACAGUCCAGUGGGAGAGUGGGGGACUGGACAGCAGGGAGGACAACAGUAAUGAGUGGGAGGGAUCACAAAGCCAGGGGCUUGGCCCCACCCCAUGAAGCCAUGAACCCCCAGCCCAGUAAGGAAAGGGACUCUGAGGUAGAAAGGCCCAGUGGAGUGGGGGCAAGGUCUAGCACCUUGGAGCCCCUCCAGCAGUCCCUGUUGGCCAUGUACCUAUUUGCAUUUCUCCCCUCAUCUCCAGAUGGGAAGCCUGGCAAAGUUGCCCAGUGGAAUAUUGUCCCCCACCUAUCGGAUCACUGCCUACUUCCUCCUCUUUGCCCCAUUCACCCCUCCCUUCCUUCCUUCCUUCCUUCCUUCCUUCCUUCCUUCCUUCCUUCCUUCUUUCCUUAUUCUCUGAGUUGAGGGUAAGAGGCCUUAGAGACAGGCCAGAGUUUGGGAUGGUUGGGAUGGUAUGAUCUGUCCUCGCCUGCCCCUAACCAAUGUAUCUCUCUGCCAACCCCCUCUCCACCCCCCCCCACAUACACACACACACACACACACACACACACACACACACACAUACACACGCACUCACACACACAAACGCUUCUGUUCAUUGGUCUCUGUCCCAGGUUAGAAGCAGGAGGUAACACUAGCCUCGAAUGCCCCAUUCCCAUCUCACUCCAGCCCAAUAUUUCAAAUCCUUCUUCCCAGUAAGAACCUUCAAGGGAGCAAGCUUAGGAGAAUGCUAUGGCUGCCUGUGUAUGGCAGGGAGCGCUUGAUAGGAUGCGUGUGUGCCUGCGGCUGUCAGGGUGUGCGUCUGUCUCUGUGUGGGCCUGUCUUUUUAGAUGUCUGCUUCUGUCCUAGAUAGUGAGGAAGUGACUGUGUGGUCUGUUAACAGUGUGAGAGGCUGUUCAGCAGUGCAGUGGACUGAGAGCCCUGGACUGGGACUCAGAGCCUGGUUCUAGCCCCAGCUCUGGCUCUGUCCCGGUGGUCUUCAACAAGCCGCUGCAUUCCCUGGGCUUCAACUGUCAAAUGAGCAGCGUCUGAACGUUCUGAAGAAAUUUUGUCAGAGGAAUUUCUGUGGAGGGGUAUGGGGAGGUCUGUGUGUCUUUGAGUACACCUAGGAGGCUUCCUGAGUUGUAUGUCUGUGUGAAAAGGAGAAGGGGGCGUUCCUAUGGGACCUGUGUAUGUUUGAGUGCAUGCAGAUCUAUUUGGGAAUACAUGUGUAUGUGUCUAUGAAUGUGUAUGUGUGUGAGUAUAUAUUGUGUAUGUGGGUAUAUGUGGUGUCUGUGAGUCAGAAUGUGUGUACUGCUGUCUUUGCUGCAGUUGCUGGGGUGGGGAAGAUGCCAGAGAAGCUGAUGAUGAAAGUCAAGGUCCUCCCCUGGGACUGGGCAAUAUAGACCUGCCCCAUGUAAAGAAAAAUGAAAGCACAGUUAGCCUAAGACUGCUCUUGUCUAUGCCCCACAAACCCCAUAUCCCAGGGCCAGGGUGUAUACCCUCCAUUCUUCCAUGCUGCCACCUCACAGCCCAUUCCCUGGGAGGUGGAGCUGGAAGCGGGAGAGGGUAAUGAGAGAAUAAGGCUGCUACUUAGGAAGGGUAGCAGCUCUCCCUGUACUACACCCAGGGGUCGCCAGCUCCAAAGUACUAAGAUGAAGCUCUCCAACCCCUAACCCAGCCCUACCUCCUCUGGUACAGGAACCCUGGUUAGAUGAUGAGAAAAUGCCAAAGGGAUACAAGGACAGAGACGGUAUCUGCAGGGCCCACAAGGCCCAUACCAGCCCCCAACUGUGCCCAUCUCUCCCACCAAGGUCAGAUCCCUACACCCUGCCAUCUGGGCCCCAGAGCCAAGCCUCCUACUACUAUCACCACCACCCUGGGUUUCUUGACUCACUCUUCGAGAACAUGGGUACUUCCUCUUUUCCAAGUAGGGCCCCACCAGGGCUCAUUUAGACUGCUACCUUUGCUGCUGAUUUGCUGUGUGACUACAGCCCACUGCUGAACCCCUCUGUCCCUGAGGAACCAGGGAACACUCCCUCCACGCAGGACAUACCUAGUUCCCUGGCAGGCAAGGAGUUCCAACUGAAGCCGUGUACAAGUGGUGGGGAGAGGUAGGAGGCUGGCAGCCAGCACCUCUGGGCCUAGGAAGUGUGUGGUUCCCUCCUCCCCUGUCUGGGAGGAUGGAGGGGAGGAAUUGAGGCCUUAGCUUGCCCCCUGUCAUUCUUCCCCCUUGUAGAUACUGCCUUAACACUCCCUCAACCCUCAGCUCUGGCUGCCACCCAGCCAGGUUUCUCCGUGCUCACUAAUUUAUUUCCAGGAAGGUGUGUGGAAGACAUGAGCCGUGUAUAAUAUUUUUUUUAACAUUUCCAUCGCAGUAUUGACCAUCAUCCUUGAUUGUGUAUCGUGUAACACAAAUAAUGAUAUUAAAGGCAUCAAACAAGUCA